AUGGAUCGAGCAGUGAUGAUUUAUGGUAUCAUGCUCGAUAAUGAGGUGGAGGUGGAGCGGGUGAUUCCACAAGAGAUUUACAGUGCAGCCUCGAACGCUUCCACCAAUGCCAUGCUAGUGUUCCCACAUUUGAUCUUCUGCCUCUGUGAGGCUGCUAGGGUGCGGAUUGACCAGGACACCUUUAUCCCUAUUGAGCAGCACAUCCCCAAGAAGACUAUGGAGUAUGUUCGAGAGUAUGCUAGACCUCCGAGAGAGGAGCCGGCUCCCCCACUUCAGCCUCAAUCGGGAGGAGGAAGACAAUCGGCCGAGCAAUCGGAUAUCCGGCGAAGUCUCCGGCGCCGGAAUGUGAGGUACAACAUCAUUGACUACGAUGACGAUUACCUUGACGAGGAUGAGGACGAGAGGAGGCGCGAGAAGAAGAAGCUGAAACUCGUUGACAAGCUCAACAGUGACGACGAGGAAGAAGAAGAAGAAGCAGCAGCAGCUCGAGGGGAAGGUGAAGAUGACGCAGAAGAAGAAGAGGAUGCGCGUGCCGAUUCGCGUGCUGAACACGCGCUUGAAGAAGAUGAAGAAGGAGGAGACGUUGACGAAAUUGAAGGAGGAGAAGAGAACGAGGACGCAGAAGACGAAGAAGAAAUGGUAAAAGGCAGAAAAGUGGAUUUGAAAGGGCUCCACUGUGCUUCAGGAACUCCAACGAAUCCUCCUUCUGGGAUUCCACUGCCGGAUAAGAGGACUCUGGAAUUGAUCCUUGACAAGCUUCAAAAGAAGGACACUUACGGUGUGUUCGCAGAACCAGUUGAUCCAGAAGAGCUUCCCGAUUAUCACGAUGUAAUUGAGCAUCCCAUGGACUUUGCCACGGUCAGGAAGAAGUUGGCAAAUGGAUCCUAUCCCACUUUGGAGCAAUUUGAGAGUGAUGUAUUUUUAAUCUGCUCAAAUGCAAUGCAAUACAAUGCACCAGAGACUAUUUACCACAAACAGGCACGAUCAAUACAGGAACAAGGGCGGAAAAAGUUCGAGAAGUUAAGGAUAGACUUUGAACGCUCCCAGGCUGAACUGAAACUAGAACAGAAAACAAGGGCUAUUUCUUUGGUUAAAAAACAAGGAAAGAAGCCACUGGGUCGAGCCUCACAGGAACCCAUUGGCUCUGAUUUUUCCUCAGGGGCAACUCUUGCUACCAUUAAUGAUGUACAGCCAACUUCUUUUCCAAUGCAAGGCGGUAGCUGUGAGAGACCUGGACUAAUUGAUGGCAUUCUGGAGGCAAAUGCUUUCAUGAUUGAUGCAACUCAAGAGAAAGCUGAAGAUAUUUUGCCAGGGCGAGGUCUUCUCUCCAAGAUGGGAAGGAGGUCAUUAGCUCUUGAUGAAGAUCGCCGUGCAUCUUAUAAUAUGGCAAAUCAACCAAUUACACGAUCAGAUUCAAUAUUUAUGACUUUUGAGAGUGAACCUAAGCAUCUGGUUACUGUUGGACUUCAUGCGGAGUAUUCCUAUGCUAGGAGUUUGGCUCGAUUUAGUGCAAGUCUAGGACCUGUUGCUUGGAAAGUUGCUUCCCAUAAGAUUCAGCAGGCGCUGCCAGCUGGAUGUAAAUUUGGUCGUGGUUGGGUUGGAGAGUAUGAACCUCUUCCAACCCCAGUAUUAAUGUUUGGCAAUCGUAUGCAAAAGGAUGAUAGUUUGGUUACGAGGUUGCAUUGUAGUAGUGCAUCUAUAAAAGGUGACAAAAAUUGUAGAAAUGUGGAACCCACUAUUGAGCAUCAUGGUGAUCGGCAAGUUUUUCAGGGUAAGCAGAUUCCAAUUUGUCCUCCCAAUGGGCUUGCAUCAGAGGGAAAACCCUCAUUGUUUGGUUCUGGUGGAAUAAGACCCAAUGCUCCUGUUGACCUCAAUAAUCAGCAGAAGAAUGUUCCAUCCAGGAAUUUUGGUAAGUCUGAGAAUCAGUUUUUGAAACAAGUGGAGUUGAACUCUGCACCUUCAAUGAAUGAAAAUAAUUCCAGUUCAGUUGCAAAGUUUCCAAGUAACGCUUCUCCAACUUUGUCUAAGCCCAGAGAAAUGGUAUCAAGGAACAUGAAUACCAUUCCAUCUGUAUCAUUCAAGCAGCCAGAUACUAAUGGAGUGGUUAGUGGAGAAUUGCCAAAUGGAAAAGUAAUGAAUCCUAAUUCGAAUAGACAGGUGACUUAUCCAUCAUCUGAAAGUACAUCAAACCAAGCAGGGAGAGCACCUCCUCUUGUCCAUGGCAAGGAGCAGAGUGUCAGUGACCCAGUUCAGUUAAUGAGAAUGUUUGCCGAAAGGACUCAAAAACAGCAGGUUUCUAAUCAUUCCCCAGGUAAUACUCCGCCAGUGACACCAUCAGAUCGAUCUGUACAGAGAGAUGACUCGGCCAAUGCUUCAGCAGCAGCAGCAGCCGCUCGGGCAUGGAUGUCUGUAGGGGCAGGAGGGUUUAAACAAGUACCAGACAAUUCGAGCUCACCCAAAAGUCAGAUAUCUGCAUAUUCAUUGUACAAUCCGACAAGAGAGCUGCAUCAGCAUAUGUCCCAAAUUCGGGGGAACUUUCCUCCUGGAGCAGCACCUUUCCAAUCUGACAAGAACAAUUUUCCAUUCCAGGCAUUUGUACCGCAAGCUGCUAUUUCACCGUUUCCAAACAGACCUAUGGUUAUCCCUCAGUUAGCAUCAGCUGAUCUAUCUAGAUUUCAAAUGCAGUCCCAUUGGAGAGGUCCAAGCCCUCCUAGCCAACCAAGACAAAAACAGGAAACACUUCCUCCUGACUUGAAUAUUGGCUUCCAAUCUCCGGGAUCACCUGCGAAGCAGUCUUCAGGGGUCAUUGACUCGCAGCAACCAGACCUAGCUUUGCAGCUAUGAUGUGGCAUUGCUGUCUUUGGUGUUUUGGCAGGAAUUUGACUGAUCUGAACUCAGUCCCAUCAUCGGAUGUUGAAUUUUCAUCCCCAGAAGCUUGCAUAAAUGUGAGCCAAAGUCUACCUUGGUUAUGAUUUGGUGCAUGGUAAUGCUGAUUCAAAAAUGUGCUUGCAAGUUUGGAAGGCUCGUGGUGUAUUAAUUAACUUAAAGGAGUUACUCUCUUAAUGACCGACUUUCUGUGUUGAAGCCACAGAAGAAAAUCUGCUGGUAAUUGAUUACUGAAGCAGCCAAAAGAAUCCCAUUGUUGCCUUUGUACAUUGUUUACACAUGAGAUCCAGUUGCGUAGAUAUUAGUUCAUUUAAUGAUUGCUUAUGUAUAAUGUAUCUGAAUUGGUGUUAGGUCAAGUUCUUAGCUUCUCUAUUAUUUUGUACAAUUAAAUUUACAUGUUAUUUAGGCGAAACAGCUUGCUUCAUUUUCCUUAUCUAACUUGAUAGGGUCGCUUCUUUGAACAAAUUCUGGUUAAAUGCGCGUCUUAUUGACA